AACAGACUGUAAAACAUUCAUCAGAAGUGAAUUGGAUCCAACAAAAUUGGAUCGGACUUAUAUAGCUCAGUGGUUUGCACGUGAAAUCCAAUAUGGCCGCCAAAGUGGCUCAAUUUCACUGUGUUUCAUUUAUUUUGAGUUUAAUUACAAUAUCGUGAAUUAACGAUGACAAUUUUUGGACAAGUUGUUAUCGGACCUCCAGGGAGUGGAAAGAGUACAUAUUGCAAGGCAAUGAGGGAAUUUUUGAGUGGUUUGGGUCGCAAAGUUGCAGUCGUUAAUUUAGAUCCAGGGAACGAUAUUUUGCCCUAUGAAUGUGAAGUUGAUAUUUCCGCACUCGUCACGUUAGUAGACGUGAUGGAAAACUUGAAAUUAGGUCCUAAUGGAGGCCUUAUUUACUGUAUGGAGUACCUUGAGACUAAUUGUGACUGGUUAAUUGAAAAAUUGGAACAUUUUAAGGAUUGUUACAUUCUGUUUGAUUGUCCUGGCCAAGUUGAAUUGUAUACACAUCAUAAAUCUGUCAGAAAUAUUGUGCAUAGACUGCAAGAGAAAAAUUUUCGGUUUGCCGCAGUUCAUUUAGUUGACUCGCAUUACUGUAAUGAUCCAUCAAAGUUUAUUUCUGUUGUUUUAACUUCUCUAUCAACGAUGGUCCAAAUUGAGCUACCUCAUGUUAAUGUUUUGUCAAAGAUUGAUAUCAUUGAACAGUAUGGAAAGUUAGAUUUUAAUCUAGACUACUACACAGAAGUUCUAGAUCUUAAAUUUAUCUUGAAUGAACUUCAAGAUGACCCAGUGACAAGAAAAUUCAAGAAAUUGAAUGAUGCUUUGAUAAGUGUUAUAGAGGAUUAUAGUUUAGUUUCUUUUUUACCUCUUAAUGUUCAGGAUAAAGAAAGUAUGUUAACAUUGGUGAAGAAAAUUGAUAGCGCCAACGGUUAUGUUUUUGGUGGUAAACAUGAGGAAGGAAAUUUAACUGAAAUGUUAUCUUAUGCAGCUGGAGCUGAUUUUGAGUAUUUCAAAUCGGCAAGUGUCCAAGAAAAGUAUGGUCAACCUACGUCAAGAGAAGAAAAUCAGUUGAACACUCUGGAUUCAAGUUAAAUGUGAAAAAAACAUAAUCAUAAGUAGAACUGGCUAACCUACUCCUAUUUUGAAAUAUAUUUUAUCUAGUCGACCUUCUUUAAGAUCAGUUCGUGAAUGUGGAAUGAACCUUUAUGUAACGCACAGCCUAUUACCUAAAAAAAU